CAGCGCCCAACUUAACGUCGCGGUCAUCUGUAUUCGUUCGUGUGUGUGUGAAUUUUUCAUCAGCGCCGCGGGCCACAGACGAAAAGUCAUAAUAAUUUUUUAGUUAAUAAGCUAUUGAACGAUUUAACUAAACGAUGGCGUUGCGUGUUCUUGGUGUGACGCAGAAUAUGCGCACCUUCAUGCGGGGCGUGGAAAUGAUCAAGCGCCACAAGUCGGCGGUCAGCUUGCAGAAGACCCUGCUCAACAUACCCGCCACCCAGGUGACCAAGCUGGACAACGGACUUCGCGUGGCCAGCGAGGACUCUGGUGCCUCCACCGCUACCGUAGGUCUCUGGAUCGAUGCUGGCUCCCGUUCCGAAAACGAGAAGAACAACGGAGUGGCCCACUUCCUGGAGCACAUGGCCUUCAAGGGCACUGCUAAGCGCUCCCAGACCGAUUUGGAGCUGGAGGUUGAGAACCUGGGUGCUCACCUGAACGCCUACACCUCCCGGGAGCAGACUGUCUUCUACGCCAAGUGUCUGUCUAAGGAUGUGCCCAAGGCUGUGGAGAUUUUGGCCGAUAUCAUCCAGAACUCGAAGUUGGGUGAGGCCGAGAUCGCCCGCGAGCGCUCAGUGAUCCUGCGGGAGAUGCAGGAAGUUGAGAGCAACUUGCAGGAGGUGGUCUUCGAUCACCUGCACGCCACUGCCUACCAGGGCACUCCCCUCGGCCAAACCAUCCUUGGCCCCACCAAGAACAUUCAGUCCAUUGGAAAAUCCGAUUUGACCGACUACAUCCAGACCCACUACAAGGCUUCGCGCAUCGUCUUGGCUGCCGCCGGCGGCGUUAAGCACGACGACCUGGUGAAGCUCGCCUGCUCGAGCUUGGGUGGCUUGGAGGCCAGUGUGCUGCCUCCAGAGGUCACUCCCUGCCGCUUCACCGGCUCUGAGGUUCGCGUUCGUGAUGAUUCCCUGCCCCUUGCUCACGUAGCUGUGGCCGUCGAAGGAUGCGGCUGGACCGACCAGGACAACAUCCCCCUGAUGGUGGCCAACACUCUUGUUGGUGCUUGGGAUCGCUCCCAGGGCGGUGGCGCUAACAACGCCUCCAACCUGGCUCGUGCCAGCGCUGAGGACAAUCUUUGCCACAGUUUCCAGUCGUUCAACACCUGCUACAAAGACACCGGUCUCUGGGGCAUUUACUUCGUGUGCGACCCUCUGCAGUGCGAGGACAUGAUCUUCAACAUCCAGACCGAAUGGAUGCGCCUGUGCACCAUGGUCACUGAGGCUGAGGUCGAGCGUGCAAAGAACCUGCUGAAGACUAACAUGUUGCUGCAGUUGGAUGGAACCACACCCAUCUGUGAGGACAUUGGUCGUCAAAUUCUGUGCUACAACCGCCGUAUCCCUCUGCACGAGCUGGAGCAGCGCAUCGAUGCUGUGAACGUUGGAAACGUUCGCGAUGUGGCCAUGAAGUACAUCUACGAUCGGUGCCCUGCUGUUGCCGCUGUGGGCCCCGUUGAGAACCUGCCCGACUACAACAGAAUCCGUUCCUCCAUGUACUGGUUGAGGGUUUAAAUGAAGGGUUCCAUCUUCCCUGUUGUUUGACAUGUAGCUUAAUUGAAGAGAAAAUUUUGCCCCCUGAGGAUCAGUAAAUCGAUAAUACCAAAAGUUA